AUGAAAUUUAUUGAAACCUUGGCUCUUGGAGCCCUUACGCUUGCAAUUUCUGCAAAUGGUGCUCCUUUGGCUUCCCAAGACUGGGCUUUGAAAAAAAGAAACGCAGCUUCCCUCACAUUGCCUGCUAACUGCCUUAAGCAAAACAACAUUGGGGUAGGAUGGUUACCAGAUGACGAUAAUGGCUAUAUUCUGAUUGACACCAUUACUAACACCACUGGCCCGGCAUGCUUCUACGGGCUAUACUCACAUUUUGGUGCAGAUCUUUCUGUCUCAAACAGCGAUAUCCUAGGAGAUAAACUCAGUGAUGUGAAGAAUUCUGGAGCAAUUGCAGUUUUGAGCAUGAUGCCAUUCAGUGUUAGUUUAUCAGGUGUAACUACUGAAGUAGCUGCCCAAGUGGCAUUGGUGGUCAAAGAGUACACUGAUCAAGGAAUCACAGUUUUGCUUCGUUUUGCCCACGAAUUCAAUUAUUAUACCACCUCGGGGAUGUUCCAUGGUACCCUGACUGAUUUCAAGACAGCGUGGAUCAACAUUUACAACGCGGUGAAAUCCAAUCCAAAAGUGAAAAUGUUUUGGAGCCCUAAUAACACUCAAAAUACUGGUAGUCUUGCCGAAUGGUGGCCUGGUGAUGACACCGUCGAUGUUGUAGGGAUCGACGCAUACAAAACUCAGCUGACCGAUACUUUCGACUCUUUCUACCAGGAGUUUUAUCAAGCCUAUUCUGCUAGUAAGAAUUUGCCAUUUGUGAUUGCGGAAACCGGUACCAUUAACGAUUCAUAUAAGGCUGAAUGGCUCAAAGAGUUGGCCAGCCAAAGCCAAUCAAAGUACAGUAAUUACGUGGGAUUUUCCUGGUUCGAGUACAACAAACCUUCAGAAGGCGACUUCAGAGUAGUAACAGGCCCUAUAGAUUACGCUAAGCAGGUGUUGACUGGUAUGGGAAAUAAUAAGGCUGCCUCAACAAAGUCUUAUAGCACUGAAAGUGCUAGCCACUCUCCAACUGCUACCGUAGGUGGAAAUCAAGGAGCUAAAAGUACUGCUGCAACUUCUCAAACAACUACUGAGACCCCUCCAAAUAGUACUGCGACGGCCUUAAAGAGCAUCAAAGAUUCCAUUUCAAGUAUGCAGAAUGCCUUAGAAUCUAUUCAAAGCUCCAUUGCAAAACUUGAGUCAAAAUAG